AUGCGCUUUUGCAUCCUGCGUCUUAACAGUUUGACGUGCCGCACCCGCAAACUGAAAUGCGACGAGCAAAAACCUGUGUGCUCUCAAUGUCAGAAAGGUGGGAGGGAAUGUCGCCCAAGCGAAGGGGUAGUCUUCCGUCAUCAACAAAAUGCCUCCAUGAACAAGAACAUUGAAGACGGCGCAUCGGACGGCCGAGGGAGUCUGAGAGGGUUCUAUUCGUAUAAGAACACGUUUGACAAAGAUAGUGUUUGGCUGGACAUCCCGAAGCAUGUGAUUUUUGUUGACAAUUCGGAUCCAUAUGCACAAGACUUAGAAUCGGCACUGUCGGAGUCUGAGGCAGCGAUUUUGGCUGCAAAUUCGCAAAAUGCGCGCUGGCAUGGCCCGCAGAUGCCCCCAACGGAGAGAGAGGAGAGUCAAGGACUGGAAGCGCUCUCCGCUCUUGCUGCGCAAGAUCGCGUUUCAUAUCCUGCAUUGAUGGUAGAUCAGCCGUCUGUCUCUACUCCAGGCAGCGUUACUACACCCUUCAGUGCUAUUUCGACGACGACGAUGCCCGCCACUCACCCAAACCAGAUGCCGCGGUCGAUAUCAGCCCAGAUAUCCCCACCAAUCUCGAUUAAUUCUGAUAAUGGCCACAACAACAACAUUCAUUUUCUCCUUAAUCCGUCGCAGUCUAUAUCACCUUCAAUCGAUCCAACCAUUCAGCAUACUCCGGAAUCUACUGGGUCUCCGUUGGCACUUAAGUCCGUCGAAGGCGACCUUGAGGGACCCGUGGAGACAGACUACGAGAUAACUUUCCUCUUGAGACACUUUUCCGAGGUUCUCGGGCCCUGGAUGGACCUCUAUGACUUAGGGACGUAUUUCUCCUCUCAAGUGCCCAUAAGGGCUCUCCGUAAUCCCUUGCUGAAGUAUGCUGCUUGUGCACAAGCUGCGAAGCAGCUUGGGCACGUCAACGUGUCACGAUCUGUCGGGGUCCGCCUAAGUCGAACUUUUUCGGGACUGCAGAAAGAUUCCAAGAAUAUCGAUUGGUGCUGGAAAGGAGCCAAGUAUUAUGAAAAAGCCAUUCAGCUUUUGAUGAAGGAACUACAACCCAAUGGUGGCAACCGUGAUAUGAUGGCUCAGGGCACAAAUAGGAUGAGUGACAACACUGAUGGUCAGGGUGCAAGGAGUUACACCGAGUAUAGACUUUCACACGGUGAUCGCUCGGAUGAAAUUCUCGCUGCUGCUGCCAUUCUUUCCGUAUAUGAACUGCUGGAUGCUACGGGUCCGGCUUGGAACCGGCAUUUAAGUGGUGUCAAGUCGUUGUUGGAUUUGGCUGAGGUUGGAAUGCGACCACUUCAGCGGCUACCACCUGGGGAUCUCUCCCUGCAGCUCAAAAGACCAAGUUUAUCUAAAGCCAGAAAGGCGACUUUCUGGAACUUUGCGCGGCAAGACUACUUAUCUGCCUUUAUAAACGGGACUCGUACAAGAUUACAUACUGAGGAUCUGGCGCUGUGGACGGACGCAGGCCUGCAAGUCGACAGUCUGGGCUUUGUGCGCGCCAGUAAUAAGAGCACGGGUGAUCACUCCGGUGAGGAUACCAUGAAGGAAGACUCCUUCUCGAAUGCGUUAGUUUGGAUCAUCUCCAAGAUCAUAAACUUCAUAAGUCCGAGCAGCAAUGCACAUAUUGGGCCUUCAGGUGCUGUCAACUCUAGCCCCAUAGGCCUUCCGCAGCAAGUCUCCCUGGAGCGGUGGUACCGCCUCGAAGCCGAGCUUGAUAUGUGGUACAAAGGUCUUCCAGAAACGUUUCACCCAUGUGCUCGUAUCGGUUUUCAAGAAACGGCCAAUAAAAGCGAUAAUCUUGACGAUGCACCAUCGUUGUCCGAGAUAUGGUAUAGCAUACCAAUGUGUUCAUCUGCCAUGCAACAUUACCACAUGGGUCGCAUACUGCUCCAUAUUCACAAGCCGCCCCAACCCAGUGGUGCAGCAAACCCCAUUACCAGCCGAUACAACUCGACCGAUAUCCAGUUCCAUAGCCGUGAAAUUGUUGGCAUUGCUAUGGCCUGCCCGGCGGGCUCCGUGAGAAUCAACUCUCUCCAGCCGCUGUUUGUCAGCGGUCAGUGUCUGACCGACCCCAGUGAGCGACGGAUGGUUUUGCGGCUGUUACAAGAUAUUGAAACUGACCUCGGUUGGGCAACCGAGUACCGUGUGCAGCAAUUGCGCAGAGAAUGGGGCUGGGAUCAGAGUGCUGAUAUUGCGGGCGUCUCAUAA